CUUUCGUUUCCCUAAAAUCGAGCCUGGAGAAUUUCCCCUAAGUCCCGAGCCUGCCCGUAGCGCCCAGCCCGCUCCUCCGAUCCGGCCGGUCCAUGGGUUUGGAAGCUGCCUCCCGUAGGCCCAUGGAGACACUUGUCUUCAUGGAUCUAGAAGCCACAGGACUGCCAUUCUCUCAGCCAAAGGUCACGGAACUGUGCCUGGUGGCCAUCCACAGACAUGCCCUGGAGGGGCCCCAACCUGCACCUCCAACAGGGGGCCCUUCCCAGGUGCCGCUGCCACCCCGGGUGGCGGACAAGCUCUGCGUGUGUGUGGCACCAGGAAAGGCUUGUAGCUCUGCAGCCAGCAAUCUCACUGGUCUGAACACAGCCAUGCUGACAGCCUACCGAAGGCGAGGUUUUGACUCUGGUCUCGUUGACCUACUCCAGGCCUUCCUUCAGCGGCAGCCACCUCCUGUCUGUCUUGUGGCCCACAAUGGAGACCGCUUUGACUUCCCCCUGUUGCAAGCUGAGCUGAGCUGGGCUAGGCAUGGCACAGAUGCCCUAAGUGGUGUCUUCUGUGUGGACAGCAUCUCGGCCCUGAGAGCCCUGGACCACUCCAGCCCACCUCGUGAAUGUAGCCAAAGGAAGAGCUACAGUUUGGGUAAUGUCUACACCCGCCUAUAUGGCCAGGCCCCACCAGACACCCACACAGCUGAGGGUGAUGUCCUUGCUCUGGUCAGCAUCUGCCAGGCGAGGCCUCAGCCACUGCUGCACUGGAUUGACACUCAUGCCAGAUCCUUCAGUAGCAUCAAACCCAUGUAUGAAGCAGGAGCUGUGACUGACCAGGGAGCUGCCUGUGAUACAAAGACGAAGACUGAACGCCAGAAGCUGCGGACAGCCACCAAGUUAGCCACGUCAGGGGAUACCAGCCCAGCUGGCAGGAGGAGAAGAUGUAGACCAGAGGCUCCCUCCCACUCUAGGAGCAUCCCUAGGGCCUCGAAUUUGAACACAUCCCACCUGCUGGCAAUACUGGGCCCCCUGGUCAUCUUAACUGUGGCAGUAGCUCUGUACUGGGUACCUUGGUCAUUUUAACCAUGUCAUUCACAUUGUCCUGAGUACCCCUUGAUCUCAUUGAGACUUUGGAUGGGGGGAGGGGGGGAUCAACUGGUAUUGUCAGGUCCUCCAAGGGAGGGGCUCGUGGAUAUAUUGUAAAACAAACUUAUAAAUAAAAAUUUUAACAUUGGCCUAGACUCCCACUAUGGGAGCCUAAGGGGUCUGAUCCAACA